AUGUUCGUCUACAAGCGCGAUGGACGCAAGGAACGCGUCCAGUUCGACAAGAUCACCGCUCGUGUCUCCCGGCUCUGUUAUGGCCUCGACCCAGAGCACGUUGAUUCCGCCGCCAUCACCAUGAAGGUCAUCUCCGGCGUCUACCAGGGUGUGACGACCAUCCAGCUUGACGACUUGGCUGCAGAGACGGCAGCAUACAUGACCGUCACCCACCCCGACUAUGCGAUCCUCGCCGCCCGCAUCGCCGUGUCUAACCUCCACAAGCAAACCAAAAAGCAGUUCUCGGCCGUCGUGUCAGACCUGUACCACUACAUCAACCCAAAGACCAACAAAGCUGCGCCCAUGAUAUCGGAUUACACAUACCAGAUCGUCAUGAAGCACGCCGAUGAGCUCAACUCCGCCAUCGUCUACGACCGUGACUUCAACUACCAAUACUUUGGCUUCAAGACGCUCGAGCGCUCAUACCUCCUCCGUAUCAAUGGUAAGGUGGCCGAGAGACCGCAGCAGAUGAUCAUGCGUGUGGCCGUCGGAAUCCACGGCGACGACAUUGAGUCUGCCAUUGAGACAUACAACUACAUGUCCAGCAAAUAUUUCACACACGCCUCGCMUACACUCUUCAGUGCWGGCACACCCAACGCACAGCUGGCUUCUUGCUUCCUCAUCGACAUGAAGGAUGACAGCAUUGACGGCAUCUACGACACACUCAAGACCUGCGCCAUGAUCUCCAAGAACGCGGGCGGUAUUGGUUUGAAUGUCCACCGCAUUCGUGCGACUGGAGCAUACAUCAGCGGCACAAACGGCACAUCCAACGGACUGGUACCCAUGCUGCGAGUCUUCAACAACACUGCUCGCUACGUCGAUCAGGGCGGCAACAAGCGCCCAGGUGCUUUCGCCAUGUACCUUGAGCCAUGGCACGCCGACGUCUUCUCCUUCUUGGAUCUCCGCAAGAACCACGGAAAGGAGGAGGUUCGUGCUCGCGAUCUCUUCUACGCUCUGUGGAUCCCAGAUCUUUUCAUGAAGCGUGUGGAAGCAAACACCACAUGGACACUGAUGUGCCCGCACGAGUGCCCUGGCCUUGCUGAUGUCUACGGUGAUGAGUUUGAGGAGCUUUACGAGCGAUACGAGCGUGAAGGCAAAGGCCGCGAGACCAUCCGCGCACAGAAGAUCUGGUACGCCAUUCUUGAGGCUCAGACCGAGACCGGCACACCUUUCAUCCUCUACAAGGAUGCCUGCAACCGCAAGAGUAACCAGAAGAACCUGGGAACCAUCCGCAGCUCCAACCUCUGCACAGAGAUUAUCGAGUACACUGCACCUGAUGAGGUCGCCGUGUGCAACCUUGCAUCUCUCGCCCUCCCCACAUAUGUCGACAUUGAGAACGAGCGCUUCGACUUUGAGAAGCUUCACCAAGUCACACAGACCGUCACCAAGAACUUGAACAAGAUCAUUGAAGUCAACCACUACCCCGUUCCAGAGGCCCGCAAGAGCAACUUUCGUCACCGUCCCAUCGGUCUUGGUGUCAACGGUCUUGCCGAUGCUUUCCUCGCCCUUCGCAUGCCUUUCGACUCUCCCGAGGCUCGCCAGCUCAACAUCCAGAUCUUCGAGACCAUCUACCACGCUGCCCUCACUGCUUCUUGCGAUCUGGCCGCCAAAUUGGGCCCGUACGAGACUUACGAGGGCAGCCCUGUUUCCAAGGGCGAGCUUCAGURCGACAUGUGGGGUGUGACUCCCACUGACCUUUGGGACUGGGCGUCGCUCAAGGCGAAGAUCGCCGAGCACGGUGUCCGCAACUCCCUCCUCGUUGCACCCAUGCCAACUGCGUCGACGUCUCAGAUCAUGGGCUUCAACGAGUGUUUCGAGCCAUACACCAGCAACAUCUACUCCCGGCGUGUCUUGGCCGGCGAGUUCCAGGUCGUCAACCCAUGGUUGCUCAAGGAUCUCGUUGAGCGCGGCCUGUGGUCUGACAACAUGAAGAACCGCAUCAUCGCCGAUGGCGGAUCCAUCCAGCGCAUCCCCAACAUUCCCGACGACCUCAAAGCGUUGUACAAGACCGUCUGGGAGAUCAGCCAGCGUCACAUUGUGCAGAUGGCCGCCGACCGUGGUGCUUUCAUCGAUCAAUCYCAGAGCUUGAACAUUCACAUGAAGGAGCCUACCAUGGGCAAGAUCACCAGCAUGCACUUCACUGGCUGGAAGCUCGGCCUGAAGACUGGCAUGUACUACCUCCGAACCAUGGCUGCCUCGGCACCCAUUCAAUUCACCGUCGACCAGGAAAUGCUCAAGGUCGCAGACACCAACGUCGGCAAGUCUUCCAAGAAGAAGAACGCUCCCAGCACAUACACGGCUGUCAGCGCACCGAAGCCGGUGGCCGCUCCAAGCCCAAUGUACGAAAACAAGGAACUCACAGCAGCCUCUGUGCCACAAGAUGUUGUUACCCCAGCAACCACGCCUCCACCACAGCCUGAGCGUAAGCAGCGGACAUUCGGCCGCUCUUCCUCUGCAGUUGUCAACCCGCCGUUCAAGGCCGAUCUCGACGACGGUGAGAGCCCAGAGGUUCUCGCAGUUGACGGACUCAACGCUGUCCCUAAGGAGGAGGAGCUUCCUGAACCUGCGGUGAAGAAGGGCAGUGAACAGGAAGAGGAUGGCGAAGCCAGCGCAGACCGCGAGGGCGACAUCUACGCCGAUGCUGUGCUGGCUUGCAGUAUCGAGAAUCCAGAGAGCUGUAUCAUGUGCAGUGGUUGA